UGCCAGUGCAGACAAUUUUCCCAUUUUCUUUUUCAUGCGGGCGUCAGAUCCCGAUUUCUGAGUAGCGUCUUUUUUAAGCUGACGGUUUUCUUCUGUCAAUCGCCGGAACUCCGCAUUCACAUUUGCCACUUGCGUCUUCAAGGGUUUAACAGCCCCUUUCCACUUGGCGGCUUCAGUCUUAAAGUGGUUAACUAUUUCCUUCGAAUUUCCGGAAAGCUCUUUUUGGGACUUCUGAGACCACUUUAAAUCUUCGGUCAUCGAUCGCACGUUGUUCCACUAGAACAGUUACAGGCCCGGAUGAUGAUCACAUUCUAGGUACGAAUAUAAACUACAAAGAAACUUUACCAUGUUGACCAGUGCCGCCCAUCUCUGCACCUGCGGCCCGGACAAGUGAAUGGAUUAGGGAGAUGUUAUUACUACGAGUCGUAUGUACGCCAGCCGCAAGAAAGUUUUCCGAUGACGCAAGAUUUGGCGGGUUACGCGUAAAGUUUGGGCUCCAGUGCAAUUCACCAGAUAGGAAGAACAGGCCAUUUGUCGCUUGCGCAUCUAAAAUUAUCAUCUACAUAUGAUAUUCACUUGCAUGCCGACUCAUAUUGGCUCGACACUGGUUCUCCCUGCUUGAUUAAACACCGCCUCCGUGCGCGCAAAAUUACUGUAUAUGCGCGGUGAUUGCGCACAGGCUACGUCCGCUAACCAUCCGUGAGGGUUUUCAAAUUCCUUUGACCUUUGAAAUCAAGUUUCGCCGUUGAUCGGUUUGGUCUAAUUCGAUUUGUUUGGUUUCCGUAUCCCACAUUGCACGAUCCCGUUUCAUUUGUUUUGCUGUAUAAUGAUGGCGGAUUGGGAGGAGCUGCAAGAAAUCAGUCGGAAGGCACUGGCAGCGUUUCAAGCCCAAAUGCGCAAGGAAGAAGAAGAGCGUGUCCAGGCUCUGGCUGAGCUAGAAAUGCUCUUGGCUGAGGUUCGUAACGAAGUGAAGGAAAUCGUUCCAAAGGCUCGACGACCAAGGAUGAAAGAUCGCAUAAAAGACCAACAGCGUCGCAAGGCCAGAUUGCAGAAGGAUGAAAAGAGGUGGCGUCGUAUGGAACGCGACUUGAAUUCGUGCGCCGCGAAACUCCAGCGGUUUGUCCGAAAUCAACGAGCUGCCAAGAUGAAGCGUGCGUAAGCGCCGCAGUUACAGAAUUUUCGUUGUAGGUUCGAUGCGUUGGUCACCAACGCAAAUCUUGUAAUUUUGCACCAACGGUUGGUGCAAGAUUACAUAAAUUUUUGUGUUAUUUGAACAACUUGUGGUUAAGAUUUGUGGUACAAUGUACAUAUUUUAUAACACAUUUGGAUCCCAUUAUGAGGUGUUUUUAUUUUAUUCAACAUGUGAGAUGGAACAAAAUUUCGGAG